GGGAUACAUACGGGCCGGGUUUUCUCAUGCAUGCGCGGCAUUUUCAAUAACGUAUGUUGGCGCGCAUAUUUUGGAACCCAAGGGGUAUUCGGACUCCUGGAAGUAAUAUUGGCGGGAAAAGACCGAGACGAAGACUGUUGCCGGUAAAAUUGAUGUUCAAUUUGUAAUAAUUUUCGCAAAAUUAUGCACGGCGAUCGCGGCGCCCCAUUUUAUCGAAAAUUAUACGUUACUGAUGCUGAAAAAGCCGCGCAUGCGCGAGAAAACCCGACCCGUACGUAUCCCAAUUCGCAACACUGGUCCGCUGUCGCCGUUGGUCGCCGUCAUAUACUUAUAUAUAUCGUAUCAUCGUAUGUAUGUACUAAGCAAAUACCCACGUGCUUGUAGAAUUUAGAUGGGAAGAUUUAUUCAGACAUCAUCAUGAAAGAUAAAAAAAGAUCAAGAGCUACAGAAGAGAGCAGGGUAACGGAGGAUUUGGAGGACGUAAAUUUAAACGAAGUGACAGAUUCCGAAGCAGAAUACUCUGAAAAUGAGCGGAGGCUACUAGAAAAAGUACGAAGCAGAGAAUCUUCGGAGAGUUACGAUAGUGAUUAUGAAGUGUACGGAGUGCAAGAUGAGAAUGAACCAGAUCAAAAGGAUACCGAAGAUGAAGCACAAACGGAUUCCAUGGGGUCCGAUAUCGAGGGAUUGCAAGAAGAUCUUGAUUUACCGGAUGAAAAAGCUUGGGGGAAGAAGAAAAGAGCUUAUUAUUCCACAGAUUAUGUAGACCCUGAUUAUGCUACUGCGAGUCAAAAAGAUUUGGCUGACGCAGAGAUGGAAGAAGAAGAAGCUAAAAACAUACAAAAGAGAUUAGCGGAACAAUUGGACGAUGCUGAUUUUGGAUUAGAUCUUAUAGAGACGAAAGAGAGCAAUGAUCAGAAGGCAGAGGAAAAUGCAGAGGAAUUCAUAAAGACUGAUCUUAGUAAACUUAGUAAAAGGCAAAAACAAGCGAUAAUGCAGAAAGAAAGUCCUGAAUUCAUUGUUCUUGUUAAGGAUUUUAAAGAUCGCAUGAUAGAAGCAAGAGAUUUAAUGGCACCAUUCCUGAAGUUAGUUAAAAAGAACGUGAUUCCUAAUUGCCCUGCAGUUUCUUUCGCAAAGACGAAAUACCAUCUUUUAUUAAAUUACUGCAUCAACAUUUCUUUUUACUUAAUGCUGAAGGCAAAAAGGUCACCUGUUAAUUCUCACCCGGUUAUAAAACGUUUGGCUCAAUAUCGUCAAUUGUUGAACCAACUGGAAUCUGGGCAAGGGAAUUUGAUACAAGAGAUACGAGAAAUAUUAGAAGCUGAAAAACAGGGAGAGCCUUUGUAUAAUAUAUGGAAUGGUACUAGAGUAAGCGUACCUAAACGUAAGACAAGUCGAUCGAAAGUAGUUAAAAAGACGAGCGAGAUGAUGGAUAUAGAUUCGACGGAGUCUGAGUCUGAAUUUAUAGGAGAAAGCGAAAUGGACGAGAAAAUAGAAUUAGAGAAGAAAGAUGAAAAGAUCGAAGAUGAGAAUCCUGCGAUUAACGCAGAAGAAAAAAGAGCAAUCACGUAUCAAAUAGCGAAAAAUAAAGGAUUGACACCGCAUCGCAAAAAGGAACAACGCAAUCCUAGAGUGAAACAUAGAAAUAAAUAUCGUAAAGCUAAUAUUCGUAGAAAGGGAGCGGUGAGAGAAGUAAGGAAGGAAAUUACUCGUUAUGCUGGAGAGAUAUCUGGUAUUAAAGCUGGUGUAAAGAAAAGUAUCAAAUUGAAAUAAAGCUGCAAGCACGCUUGUACAAAAAUGAUAUUCUGCUUGAUAAA